CGCCGGGCCUGGGGCUCCGGCGAGCGGGGCGCGGGGUCCGCCGGGGCCUACGGCGCCCGCCCGCCGGCCCGGCCCCCCGUUCCGGGCCGAGCCUGAGCGGGGCGGAACCGGCCGUCCCCGCGCCGGAGGCCGCCCCACGCCGAGUUCCUGCAGCCCUCCGCGGCUUCCUGCCCCCGCCCCAUCCGCCGGCCCCUUAGUCCCCGCGCCCCCCACCCCGCGGCUCCUUUCUCUGCCCACCGCUCUGCCCUGCGUCCCCUACCCCCCAGCUCCCCCCAGCGGCCUGCUGGCACCUGGGAGGUGUCCUGAGCGGCUUCGAUUCCGCCGACACCGAGUACCCGGGGUGCCCAGCUCGCUCAGCUGCUCCCGUUCGUAGAAGCGGGCACGGCGCCGGCCCCGUUAGGCAUUAUUUUGUCCUCACAACAAACCUGUGGGGUAGGUACUCCUUCUCUGUCGUACAAAAGAAAGCCUGAGGCCUAGAGAAGUUCACUUGCCCGGAUCGCAGAGCUAGAGAGUCUGUGAAGAGAGAGGCGCGCUGUGUUCAGGGCACAUUGUGUUGAGGGGAGCAGACAGGUACCCUGGAAAUAAUAACGCAAAACAGAAAGAGGUGAGGGCUUCUUGCCUGGAGGAGGAAACAGGCUGUGGAGUGCGGGGCAGGGAGGGAAGGGGCCGGCCUGCGCUGCCGCGCGCCCUUCCUGCCCCGUGCUCCUGUGGUUUGAGCUGCGCUUUUAGGGAAGGCUAGGAUUUCUUCAGGCUGAGCUGGACCCGUGGAGCUUUUCAGGUAGGGAGGACGGCUUGGGCACAGAGAGACAGGCAGUGUGGGGCAUGUUCAAGGGUAGGAAAGGAGUUGUACGCCUGGAAAAGAUGGUUUUGGUAGGGGCCAGUGAGAGAGGAGGCUGCAGGGAGACCUGGAAGGGGUUUCAGUGCCUGGACUUCAUCCUAAGGGUGGGGAGCCCUUGAAGGAUUUGGAGUUCUCUCGCCAUCAGCUCCCGUUAGAGUUCCCGCUUUCCUGGCUGGGGUCUGAGGACAGCCCCAUAUUGUCUACCCAGCAUCUAGUAAGGAGCUGGGCUGGAGCAGAAACAGUUGUCACCUCCCACCAACUGGUGUGAAGGCCUCACGUGGGACUCCCUGCCCUGUUAAAAUGAUUUCUCCGUGGACAAUGGCAGCUACGAUACAGGCCAUGGAGAGGAAGAUCGAAUCGCAAGCUGCCCGCUUGCUUUCUCUAGAAGGUCGAACUGGGAUGGCUGAGAAGAAGCUGGCCGACUGUGAGAAGACCGCCUUGGAGUUCGGGAACCAGCUGGAGGGCAAGUGGGCCGUGCUGGGGACCCUGCUGCAGGAGUACGGGCUGCUGCAGAGGCGGCUGGAGAACAUGGAGAACCUGCUGAGAAACAGGAACUUCUGGAUCCUGCGGCUGCCCCCCGGCAGCAAGGGGGAGGCCCCCAAGGAGUGGGGCAGGCUGGACGAGUGGCAGAAGGAGCUCUACAAGCACGUGAUGAGGGGCAACUACGAGACACUGGUCUCCCUGGAUUACGCCAUCUCCAAGCCCGAGGUGCUGUCCCAGACUGAACAAGGGAAGGAGCCAUGUAGCUGGCGUCGCACUGGCCCCAAGGUUCCAGAUGUUCCUGUGGACCCGAGUCCAGGCUCAGGACCCCCGGUUCCUGCCCCUGACCUCUUAAUGCAGAUCAAGCAGGAGGGCGAACUCCAGCUCCAGGAGCAGCAGGCUCUGGGGGUAGAGGCCUGGGCAGCCGGGCAGCCAGAUAUCGGGGAGGAGCCCUGGGGCCUCAGCCAGCUGGACUCCGGAGCAGGAGAUGUCUCUACAGAUGCUGCCUCUGGCAUCCACUCCAACUUUUCAACCACUAUCCCACCCACUUCCUGGCAGGCAGAUCUCCCUCCCCACCAUCCCUCUUCCGCAUGCUCAGAUGGGACACUGAAGCUCAACACAGCGGCCUCCACAGAAGCAGAUGUAAAAAUUGUGAUAAAAACAGAAGUCCAAGAAGAGGAGGUGGUGGCCACACCAGUACAUCCUACUGACCUAGAGGCCCACGGGACCCUAUUUGGACCAGGACAAGCCACGAGGUUUUUCCCUAGUCCUGCCCAGGAAGGAGCCUGGGAGAGCCAGGGCAGUUCCUUCCCCAGCCAGGACCCUGUGCUGGGGCUGAGAGAGCCCGCCCGGCCUGAGCGGGACAUGGGAGAGCUGAGCCCCGCGGUGGCCCAGGACGAGACCCCUCCAGGGGACUGGCUCUUUGGGGGGGUCCGGUGGGGCUGGAAUUUCAGGUGUAAACCUCCUGUGGGCCUGAACCCGAGAACUGGGCCUGAGGGGCUGCCCUACUCCUCCCCCGACAACGCAGAGGCUGUGCUGGACCCCGGCCAGGCCCCGAGACCCUUCAGCGACCCCUGUAAAUACCCGGGCCGGACAAAAGGCUUCGGCCACAAGCCGGGCCUGAAGAAGCACCCGCCGGCGCCCCCGGGGGGCCGGCCCUUCACCUGCGCCACGUGCGGGAAGAGCUUCCAGCUGCAGGUCAGCCUGAGCGCGCACCAGCGCAGCUGCGGGCCGCCCGACGGGGCGCCGGGGCCGGCGGGGGGCGGCGCGCGGGACAGCAGCGGCCUGCGCUGCGGGGAGUGCGGGCGCUGCUUCACGCGGCCGGCCCACCUCAUCCGGCACCGCAUGCUGCACACGGGCGAGCGGCCCUUCCCCUGCACCGAGUGCGAGAAGCGCUUCACCGAGCGCUCCAAGCUCAUCGACCACUACCGCACGCACACGGGCGUGCGGCCCUUCGCCUGCGCCGUCUGCGGCAAGAGCUUCAUCCGCAAGGACCACCUCCGCAAGCACCAGCGCAACCACGCGGCGGGCGCCAAGGCCCCGGCCCGCCCGCCGCCGCCGCCGCCGCCGCUCCCCGCCGCCCCCCCGGAGCCCUUCAAGAGCCCCGCCCCUAAAGGACCCCUGGCCCCCACAGACCUGGUGACCGACUGGACUUGUGGCCUGAGCGUCCUGGGACCCACCGACGGCGGGGACCUGUGAGGCACCCCCAGAUGGCCGAGGCGGCCCCAGACCCCGACCCCUGCGCCGCGACUGUACAAAGCCCCCUUUCCAGACAUCAGGGCGGUGGGAAAAGCCGAGGCAGGAGUGGAGACUGGGAGAAGCAGGUUUCCGAGUUGCUGACCUGAUCACUGGAAAAGAGAAACUCGAACAGUACAGCUUCCACCUCUGAACAAAGUAGGAUUCUCCGAUUGUGAAACUGAGCACCAUAGAAUCUUAAGUAAUUUAAUUACGAAACCAUUUUUUUUUUAAUUCUUGAAGACAAAGCUGGGAAAUAGUCGUAGCACCAGUUCAAACUUGA